AUGCUUCGAGCCAAACGUCAAAAUACCCAGCCACUGGAAGAUGCCUCCGUGGCCCCUGAGACCUUCACCGAUGGCCUCCCACUGCCCAAGUUAAUCGCCUUCGACCUGGACUACACCCUCUGGCCAUUCUGGGUAGACACACACGUCAGCGCUCCUGUAAAGGCACGCGAUAACAACUCUCGCACCGUGGACCGAUGGGGAGAGUCCUUCGCCUUCUACCCGGCCGUUUCAUCUAUUGUCUACGCCUGCAAACACCGCUCGAUCCCAUUGGCGCUUGCAUCUCGGACUCAGGCUCCUGAUCUGGCGCGCGACAUGCUCAAGGCUCUGCAUAUUAUCCCCACGUUCUCCGAUAACCCUGCCGCCAACGCGAAAACUAUCCGCGCGCUGGACUACUUUGACUUUGUUCAGAUUUUCCCUGGGAAUAAGACGUCGCAUUUCUCAAAGAUUCAGCAGGCGAGUGGUGUUGCAUAUGAGGAUAUGCUGUUUUUCGAUGAUGAGGCGCGGAACCGCAAUGUUGAGACCGAGCUGGGUGUUACGUUUUGCUUGGUGCGAGAUGGGAUGACGAGGGACGAGGUUGAUCGGGGAGUUAGAGCUUGGAGGAAGCGGAAUGGGAUCAAGCGAGAGACUGUGGAUGACGAGUUAUGA